CAGAGGAGCCGGGUAGCGGGGAGAAGAGGCCACCAGAAGAUCGUAACGGGGAGGGGGCGGGAGGGGGGUGGGGCAGCCUUAGCCACCCACGGCCUGGAGCCUGGGAGGACGAGGAGCGAGGACAGGCUACCCGCCUCGUCACAACUUGCCCAGACGGGACACGCUCUAUCUUGCACCCUGGAAGAAGGAGCCGGCCUGCCUUUCCGUGCUCGGUUGCUCCUCGGCCUCCGCGAGCCCCGCCUCUGCGCCAGCAGCAAUCCCGGGAUCCGGGUCCCCCGCGUCGCCCCGUGGCUUGCAGCGCCCGGCUUUCGCCCAGGAGCGCGCGGCUGGGGUGCUGGAAAUACAGCGGCGAGCCACUCACCCCUCCUGUUCCCGCUGAUCCUGCCAGCCCAGUGGAUGGAGCCCAGAACCCACAAACCUGCCAGGAAAGAAAAAAAAAAUCCUGAUGGUUGGUCCAAGCAGGGCCUCCCUGGUGGAUUGAGGAAUGCCUGGCUUUUCCUCAGCUCCUUGAUCUUGGAGGUGACCACGGGCAGCCUCCAGAGGACCCCUGCAAUGAGAGGCCUGGGGUCUGCAAGUCGCUGCUAGAAUUUUUUAAAGAAUGCAGCGCCGACAGAAAUCUGUAAGGUCCCUGGGCGCAUGCUGAACGCGCGUGGGCCGACACGCCCUGUGCUCCAGGUCGGGGCUGGGCGUUGCUAUAGUAACGUCCUGGACGCCCAGAUCUCAGGCCGCCGCCGCCGAAGCGGGCGCCUGGGCCUUCUCCAGCUCACGAGGGGUGUGGCGGCGGCGGCCCCAAAGCGGCCCAGGCCAGGUAGAAGACACUGCUCCGCCCCUCAGGCGCAAGCCUAGGCGGCCGGCUGGCUUGCAAGCAUGCCCUUCCAGAAGCACGUGUACUACCCUCUGGCCAACAGCCCCGAGGGGCCCGACGCCCCUGCCGCAGGCGCGGCCCCCAUGGCCUUCGUCCCCGCCAGCGCGGCCACGGGCCCCCUGCCCUUCUUCCAGUUCCGGCCGCGGCUGGAGAGCGUGGACUGGAGGCGGCUGAGCGCCAUUGACGUGGACAAGGUUGCCGGCGCCGUGGACGUCCUGACGCUGCAGGAGAACAUCAUGAACAUCACCUUCUGCAAGCUGGAGGACGAGAAGUGCCCGCACUGCCAGUCGGGGGUGGACCCCGUGCUGCUGAAGCUGAUCCGCCUGGCGCAGCUCACCAUCGAAUACCUGAUGCACUCGCAGGACUUCCUCACGUCGCAGCUGAACCUGGUGGAGGAGAGGCUGCGCCUGAGCAUCAGCGACUACGAGCAGAGCAAGCAGCUGCUCACCAAGCAGGCCGGGGAGAUCAAGCUGCUUAAGGAGGAGUGUAAACGCAGGAAGAAGAUGCUGUCCACGCAGCAGCUGAUGAUAGAGGCCAAGGCCAGCUACUUCCAGUGCCAUUUUUGCGACAAGGCCUUUAUGAACCAAGCCUUCCUCCAGAGCCACAUUCAACGGCGCCACGCCCCCGAGUCUCACCUUGCAGAGUGUAACACAAAGGCCCAGACGGACAGGCUGCAGAAGGAAAUGGACAUGUUGAAGGAACAGCUGCAGCUCACCCGGUCACAGCUGGAGUCUGCCCAGCACUCGCAUGCAGUCCGGUUCUCUAAGGAAUAUGAAAUGCAGAAAACAAAAGAAGAAGACUUUUUGAAGCUAUUUGAAAGAUGGAAAGAGGAAGAAAAGGAGAAGUUACUUGAUGAAAUGGAAAAGGUCAAGGAGAUGUUUAUGAAGGAAUUUAAGGAAUUAACUUCUAAGAACUCAGCAUUAGAAUAUCAAUUGUUAGAAAUACAGAAGUCCAAUGUCCAGGUCAAGUCCAACAUAGGCACCUUAAGAGACGUUAAUGAUGUUAAAGAAGGCCGGCUUCCAUGUCCCCAAGAUUUCCAAAACAUGCUGCAGCUCCUUGACAGCCAGGCAAGCAAGUGGUCAGAUCGAUUUCAAGUUCUCAACGAGGAACACAGCAAGGAGAAGGGACAGCUCCUGUCACACAUUGAAAAGCUUCGGAGCUCCAUGAUGGCAGAUCUGAGCGCAGACAAUGUUUUCUACAAGCGGCGGGUAGAAGAGCUAGGCCAGAAGCUGAAGGAGCAGAAUGAGCUCAUCAUCACUCAGAGGAAGCAGAUUAAAGAAUUUGCCAGUAAACCCCACUGCAGUGAGAUGAAAGGGAAUUCUCUGGCCCGACAAGCACUGGAAUCUAAAUCAGCUGCACCCACGAAUGCCCCGGCCACACGGCCUCUGGAUGGCACAUCCAGCCUGCCCAUGGUAAAUGAGCCAGCAAUAUUCCCAUCACACAUACUGGAACCAAUAGAAGAACUUUCUUCAGAGGAGGAAAAAGGACGAGAAAAUGAGCAGAAGUCAAAUAAGAAGACGCAUUUAAGGAAAACUUCGAAGACCAGCCUCUCUCCUAGGGACCUGAGGACGAACUUGGAGAAGGAGCUGGGGAAUAAACUUCGCAGCUUUGGGAUUAAUGCGGAUAUCCACGGUAUUCCCUGUGAUAUCCUGAAUAGAUCGUUGAAAGCCAUGAAGUUGGCCAGACACGAUCGAGCAAGACAGAUGCCUCACAUGCAGCAGAUUCGAGAGUCCCUCGAACAUCAGCUCAUCUGUAAAAUCGAGGAGAAGCUGUCGGCGCCUUCAGAUAGGCAUGAUGUCCCUCCCAUGAGCACCUUUCCAGCCGAAGAAGUACCCAAGGCAACCCAGAUUCCCCCCAAAAGCAGACCGUUGGUCAGACAGAGAAGUGUGUUUACUGAUAAGGUGGCUGUCCCAAAUCUUAAGAAAAAUACCAAAGAAAAUCAUUUUCUCAGAAAUUUUUCAUCUACCAGGUGGAAAAAGGACUCGAGGUUAGUAAGUUCCGAGUGGAGCAGACGGCGCCCCGACAGGCGUUGCGGUUCUGGCUUGUGCAGGACGCCUCCCUUCAGCUCAGGAGAGGAGGAGGAAGAAGACUUCGUCCAGGCGUACAUAUCUCCGGAGCUACUCAGCACCCACCCCUCCAGAAGCAGCAUGAGCAACUUCGGGAAGAGCUCUGUCAGGAGUGACACGGACUGGACGGAGGGCAGUGAACUGGAGGACUCCGACACCUCUCCGAAGCCCACAGGAACCUCCAUUAAGAUACAAACUGAAAAUGUUGAGAACAUGGUUUUACACCAAGGAAAUGGGAAUAAACCAGUUCCUGGAGUGAAUAUUGCUGAAACACUUGUCAAAAAGGAAGAACUGCAAGAAUUAAAGUGCGCAGAUGUACAGGACGAAGACUGGGACGUCUCAUCCUUUGAGGAAGAAAAGUCUUUGGGGAAGAAGAUAGAACAGAGGGAGCCUCUACCUGGGAAGAGAGAUGUAAAUUCCAGUCAGGUGCCGAGGGCCUGGGGCCCUGUGAACCCUCGGGAACUCAAGGAAGAAGGACUUCAGGAAAACGAAGCGAGCGUGCUGAAAAGCAGCCUAGUGACCGUGACAGACUGGAGUGACGCUCGUGAGGUCUAACCACAAUCCCACGUGUCGGAAAACUGUUCCGGAAGCCAGCAGCAAGGUAGCCAACAGCCUCUCGGGGUGUAAGGCUCCCCAGUGUUUCCUACCGCGACAAGGGCAUCCUGUGACAUAACACAGGCCUGAGUACCAGCUGUCAGCUGUGCACUGUGUAAACCGAGAUACCAUGGCGUCAUAAAGUGUUCUCUUCAGUACAGUCCUCGCUAGUGUUAAGUGUAUUUUCUUCAGCUAACUAAGUCUUUUUCUCUCUUCGACUGAUAGCAGGCUUUGGUUUGAAUUAUUACAGCUUUUUAAAAGAUAUACAAACUGUCACAUUGGUAGUGCUUAUGUUACAGAAUUCCGUUAAGUCUCUUCAAAAUUAGUGAAGUUAAUGACAUCCUAGGGGUGAAACUGCUUGUUUUCCAUAUGGAAGUCCAGGAUGCCAACACUUAGCUAGGCCCGUGGCAAACAGGUUUUCUCAAAGCCCCUCUGACCCCUGAGCUCCGAGGCCCUGGGAGCAUGUGUUGCUGACCAUUGUUUUCUGCAGUGUACUCUGUCUCUUGGAUAUUUUAUGAGUAAUAUACAACUGUUCUAAAUGCCAAUUGAUCUUUAUGAGAUGAUCACUAGAAAAAGAUGAACCACUGACUCAUACAUGUGUGUAGUUUUCUGUUUUUCAGUACCCAGCCCAUAUUAUAAAUACCUCAGAACUAACUUAUAUUCUUGAAUAAUGAUCUUGGCAAUGACCAGAAAGUUUAUAUAUAAACUUUUUGUUUCUCUUUUCUUUUUUUAAUUUUUUUCCUUUUUUUAAAAAAUAUUUUUUAUACUUUGUGGUACUAUUAGGAUUAUCUCAAGAAAAAAAAAGUCACAUUUUAAUGGCUUGUUGAUUUGGUUCAUCUGUCAACCAGUAAAGUCCUCCAUCACUCCUG